UUCAAGAAUAUUUUUGUAUUUAGAGCUUCUAAUGAUUCAAUCGAAAAAAAAUGCUGAAGAUUGGAUGGAUGGGUUGGAUCUUCCAGUCAAGGUUUUGAAGGGGCCGAUUUUGGAUAAUGGAACCACUUGCCUUGCUUCUACAAACUGAAAACCUAAGCAGAUAUUUACAUACAAUCUUCUUUUUGGGCAUUGAAUCGGUAUGCUUUUGUACUACUUGAAUUCCCAAAACGGAGAAAAUGGGUGUGCGACUUAAUCAAGAUUGGCUUAGAUUUUUGUUCUCUUUCUCUUUUAUUUGCUUUCUGCUUAUGUACUUAUGUUUUGUUUUAUGUAUUUAUUGGAUCGGAGAUGCAGGAUUUAAGAGCGUUGGAUGGACGUUCCAUUCGUGUCGUUUGCUAGGAAGACUCACAUUCCUGACACAUAUGCAAUCCGACAUUUCCAAAUAGUUGGUACCCCAAAAAGUGUCAGCCGCAGGUUAUAUCAUUUAUCUUCGGGAUCAGAGGGUAACCCUAUCCGGUGUUCAAUGAAGUCUUAUAGACUAUCAGAGCUCAGUCUGGUCGAGGUUGAUGGCCUCAGGGCUCGUCCUCGUAUUGAUUUCUCUUCAAUUUUCAGUGUUGUAAAUCCGAUUGUUGAUGAUGUCCACAGUAGAGGCGAUGCUGCGGUUAUAGAUUAUACUGCACGCUUUGACAAAGUUAUACUGGAUAAAGUAGUAGAAAAUGUUGCCGAUCUUCCGGAUCCAAAGCUUGAUUCAGCUGUGAGAGAAGCUUUCAAUGUGGUGUACGACAAUAUAUAUGCAUUUUAUGCUGCACAAAAGGCUCCCGAGCAAACUGUUGAGAAUAUCAAAGUUGUUACAUGCAAAAGGGUAGCAAGGUACAUUGCUUCUGUGGGUCUUUAUGUUCCGGGAGGGACGGCAGUUUUACCUUCGACGGCUUUGAUGCUAGCAGUGCCUGCACAGAUUGCUGGGUGCAAAACCGUUGUUCUUGCAACUCCCUCGAGUUGUGAUGGUAGUAUCUGCAAGGAGGUACUGUAUUGUGCCAAGAAAGCGGGCGUGACACAUAUACUCAAAGCUGGGGGAGCUCAGGCCAUCUCAGCCAUGGCUUGGGGGACUGCAUCUUGUCCUAAGGUGGAAAAAAAUUUUGGGCCUGGAAAUCAAUACGUCACAGCCGCAAAAAUGAUUCUCCAAAACAGUGAGGCCAUGGUUUCUAUUGACAUGCCAGCUGGCCCAUCAGAAGUUCUGGUCAUUGCUGACAAACAUGCCAACCCUGUUCAUAUAGCUGCAGAUUUACUCUCUCAGGCAGAACAUGGUCCAGACAGUCAGGUUGUUCUUGUAAUCUCGGGGGAUGAUGUUGAUGUGGCUGCAAUCGAGGUGGAAAUCAGUAAGCAGUGUGAGAGCCUUCCAAGGGGAGAAUUCGCUGCAAAAGCAUUGAGCCACAGUUUCACAGUGUUCGCCCGAGAUAUGGUUGAGGUCAGCUUAAACUUCCACCGGCUUUUGGUAUCCUUUUGCUAUAUAAAUGUAGGGAGUGGUUUUAGGACUUGGAGUAUAAUCUGGUUAUUUGUUGGUCAGGCUUCAUAUGCAAAAUUCAUUACAGAAGCACAAACUUCUGCAUCCCAUGGCAAGAUUGGGAAGUUACGUACGCGUAUGUCUCUGUUUCUUGAUUUGUCUUCUGUUGGGUGUUUUCUGGAUGUGACAAAGGAAGAUUUAUUAAAAAUGACUGUUUCUGUUUUGCAGGAAGAUUUAUGGCAGGCUGCAUUUCCAGUUAGCACAGAGCUCAAUUGGUCUAGAACAAGCUCCCCUCGGGUCAGGAGCACAUCGAGCAUAUCCAAAAACCAGGAUGUAUUGUCAUCACCAUAUCAUUUUCAUGCUUGUUCAUUGUCAUCAUUGUCAUUGUCGGCAUCAUUGGCAUCCACAUUGUUCUCAUCAUCAUUGUCAUUGUCGGCAUCAUUGGCAUCCACAUUGUUCUCAUCAUUGUUGUCAUCAUCAUCCCCAUCAUUCUCAUCACCACCACCGCUGACAUCAUCAUUGUGGCGGCUGCUGCCCACCACCACCACUGUCAUCAUAAUCAUCAUUGUUGUCAUUGUUUCAGGAUCUGUGUUCUUAGGGCAGUGGAUGCCGGAGAGUGUGGGGGACUAUGCAAGUGGGACCAAUCAUGUCCUUCCAACAUAUGGGUAUGCGAGGAUGUAUGGUGGGGUAUCCUUGGACUCCUUCCUCAAAUACAUCACUGUCCAGUCCCUCACGGAGGAAGGGCUGAGGAGGCUGGGUCCAUAUGUGGCCAAGAUGGCGGAGGUUGAAGGUCUUGAGGCCCACAAGAAGGCCGUCACCCUCAGGUUAGAGGACAUUGCAGCUACCAACCUUCAUACAUGAUUAGGUGAUGGAAAAUUGCGGACAUUGAGAUUUUGGUCCCCCAUUUUUCUACCUUUUUUGGGAAUGAUAGAGUUAAGGUUUGUUUACACACACACACACACACACACAUUGUACUUAUGACUUAUCUGAUUGACGGUUUGGAUGAACCACAUAUCUGAUCAGUUGAUCCAGUGGGCAGGUGCCCAUCAGGUAGGUGGUGCAUAAACAUAUGGUAUGAUUGCAAUGGCGAUGCAUUGGAUUGUUGUGUUG